AUGGUGCCGUCGGCAAACCUCCUGGGAUUCGCCGGUGGAGAACUCGCCAAAAAGCUUCCUAAGGUACUGGGUGUCUUGUUGGAAACAACCUUGAGCUCAGUCGUUGAGGUCGUGCUUUUCAUGGUUUUGAUUCACAAUGACACCGGACAAUUCAUUCCUGUCAUUCAAGCCGCUAUUCUUGGUUCUGUGCUGGCGAACCUCUUGCUUUGUUUGGGUAUGUGCUUCUUCUUCGGAGGCAUCGGGCGUAGCGAACAAAACUUCCAUGAGGCCGUCAGCGAAGUCGGUUCGGGGCUGCUGCUGGUUGCGGGCUUUGGGUUGCUGAUUCCCAGCGCUUUCUAUGCGACCCUGGCGAGCAAUGUCCAUAUUACCCACCCAGACUUGAAUAGGUUCACUUUGACAAUCAGCAGAGCCACGGCCGUCAUCCUUCUUUGUGCCUUUCUCAUGUAUUUGGUUUACAAUCUUCAUAGUCACCACUCGAUUUUCGAUGAAGUUCUCGAAUUUGAUGAGGCCCAGGACGAGGACCGAGAGAAAGAGGCUAGAAGAACCAAACUCACUUUGACCGAAUGCUUGGUGGCCAUAGUGAUAUCACUGACCUGCGUCUGUAUGUCUGCCGUUUUCCUGGUCCAGGAGAUCGAACACAUUGUCGAGGAGCGAGGCGUGUCGGAUAGUUUCAUGGGUCUUAUCCUGGUUCCUCUGGUCGAGAAGGCCGCAGAGCAUCUGACAGCCAUUGACGAAGCCUGGGAUAACCAAAUCAAUUUCGCACUCUUCCACUGUCUCGGCCCAUCCAUCCAGACUGUCUUGUUGAAUGCGCCCCUGGCAGUUAUUGUGGGCUGGUGUCUUGAUAAGGAUCUAGGGUUGAACUUCGAAAUCUUCAUGAUCGUUCUCGUUGUGCUGGCCAUCCUGGUCGUUGGUAAUUUCCUGCGAGAUGGCAAGUCCACCUGGCUUGAGGGUGGUCUCUGUGUGCUCAUUUAUGUGAUUAUCGCGGUGACCACUUGGUAUUAUCCCAAGAAUCCGGCAGAUAUACUCAUAUCCGCGUUGAAAGAACGCAAUAUCUCGGUCAAACGAAGCGAAAUCGAGUCUACUUUUGAUGAUGAGGCUAAUAGCGCCGAAAAUGCAAAAUGGGUAUCGGAGCAUCUCAACUAUGACACUUUGUUGACAAAGGAGGAGCUCGCUCUAUACUCGCAAUUAGAAUCUUCGGGUACUCUACAACAUAUCGUCCACGACCCAGGCCUCGCUUCGACCCGACCGCUCCUUGACGAAGAUAUCCAGAAUGCGAUCGGAUCCCUAAAAGCCUCAAAGGAGGCCAUCCAGAAGCAAACAGAGAUCUUAACCACCCAAUGCGAGACCUUGAAUAAACAGCUUCGCCUCGACGACGAUCGGGCCAUCGGGCAAAACAGGGAUAUAGAACGCCUUCGCAAAAAGCACGAGUCGGGCAGGCAGAAUGCCAAUGCAGCGUCCAAUGAUCUUGUCCACGAGCUGGAAGCCAACAUGAGAGCCGAGACGGAGAAAGCCAGAUUGGACGGGAAAAAGAUACUGUCCUCGCUGACGUCUAGAUUAAAGGAGGAUGAUAGGAUCCUGGCAGGGUUGGAAAGACUAGCGUCCGAGAUCAAGUCUACUGGAAAUAAUGCCUCUGUAGCCAAACGUACCGAGCAACUGGGGGCGGUGCUCGCAGAGUACGUCGCGGAAGAGAUCCAUUACCGUCUUGAUCGCUUGUAUUUGGAAAGCAUUCAGGCCGAUCAGGCAGGAUCCAAGCAGGCAGCAGGAGAGCAUGAGGAGGAAGCGCUGGCUGCGUUGAGAGAGGAGCUGGAGUCACUAUAUCCGGAAGUCGAUGUUCUGGCCGAGAUGUCCACAAGACAACAGUUCAGCGAGCCGGUCUUGCGUGAGCUCCAGAAUCGCCACGGGCAAUUGCGCAAUGCCUCCCAGGGCAAGCUCGAAUGUGUUCUCGAUACAAUUAUGGAAAUGACAUCUUCCACGGAAAGCCUAACCCAACGCUUACAGGACCGCGAAUCAUACUGCCAGACUCUGGAGAGCCUCAUCAGCACUUACCGGUCCGAAGUGGGUGAUCCGUUCUCGGAAAAGACGACAUCCAGACGGGAGACAAUGCUGAGGGGGCGUUCCAUGCAACCGCAGUCACUUUUCAGCUCUUUCAGAAAGCAAACUGCUCCACUCCCGGAAUCACAGGCCCUCGCAAGCCUGCUGCGGUGCGUGGGCCUCUCAUCUGAAUCAGUCUUCAAAUCCGAGAAAGAGGAUGGAGGCACAAAUGCCCUGUACGAGAAGAAAUCGCACGUGCUGGAGUACUUUCGGACAUUCGGCGUUGGUGCUGAUUUGCCACUCGUGACCGAACUGAUUCCAACGGAUCGAGCGUCUCGACUUCUUUCUUCCUCCCUGCAUGCAGACUCGUAUUUUGAGACUUCACUUUCAAACAUUGAACAGGACCAGAGCCUCGCGGAAUUGGAGGCUCAAUUGGGCUUCGUUCAGAAAGGAGUGGAGAACCUCAAUCUGGAUGCGCUUCAUCAGCGCGACAAGAACCAGGAUAGAUUCCUUGAACGAUGGGCACCAUAGCUUCACUUUUGCAUGCCUGCCUUGGCGAUAACCUCCGCAUGUUUAGGCAUCUCUCUUGUUUGUCCCCAGAUAUAACGGCAGUCUGUUCGUUAACUCGCGCUUCAUCCGCCCAUAAUGAACUCGCGACAUGAUAUCAUAAAUAUUACUACCAAUUAUGUACUACCCAGGGUAGGUUUGAUAUCCCUACAAAUCCUUAUGCAACUGCGGCAAUGCAUAAUGUGCAGUAGUCCACUAUCCAACAACUUCUAAAUUAUCUGAUUUGAUUCUACAAUGUGGCUGGUGUAGUCUAGUCCCGCGCCACAUGCACUUGGGAUGGCAUAUCCUCUAUCGCAAUCUAUUGUCACCUGCAAGGCUGUCAAGGCGCACUCCGGGCACUUGUUGUACUACCACACCAGCAGGGAUGACGGUGUACUCCGUAUAUCACAAGUGUACAGUAGAUCUUACAACGCUCUCUACG